AUGACAUACAGACUGGGCUCUCAGGACAGUUUGUUGGAGAUCACCUUCCGCUCCACGGUACCUCCAGUGAUCUGCGACGCUACCACACCCAAAUCCGAGGUGUCAGACAUCAACCUCUCUGCACUCGGCACUGGUGACGGAACCAGCAACGCCUUUUCCUCUACCAACGGGACUCUGGGAAGCCCACUAGUUGAUCAGAGUUUGUUUGAGAACUCCAUUGCCCAGAAGCAGAGCCCUCAGAUGUCCAGAGCAGGUCAGCACUCCACCCGAUCCCUCUCAGCAUCAGCUAAUUCCAAUUCUGGCUCCACCUUCAUCGACUCCCCAUCCUCUGGAGGACAGCAAAGGCUGAAAAAUGCCAUUAACCUGGGCAAGGCAGUUGGGGCAAAGGUCAACGACCUGCUGAGAAGAAAGGAGCCGAGCCACCUUGGAGACAUCGGCGUCACUGAGGUCAACAAGAAUGUUGGCGCAGUUUGGAGCUGCAUGGACAAACUUGGCCACAGUUCUGCCAGCAGCCAAAUGUUUGACUCCUUUCCUCGUCUCGACCCACCGCCGCCAACAGGAAAGAAGCGCGUCCCUCGAGCUCUGAAGACGACCCAGGACAUGAUGAUCUCCUCUGACCCCGUGGUCGCCUCGCCAGAGCCGGCAGAUUCUCCCCCCUUCCUGCCCUCCCCUGACGAAACAUCUCAGGGCCCCAAAGAGGAGAGGAAGAGUGAGGAAAAGCUACCAGGAGGCAGUGAGGAGCAGGAGGAGAGGUCGACAGAAAUGACAGGGCGGCCCAGUCCGGUGGAGAACAAAGCCGAUUCAGAGACAGAGGAGACCAAAUCCACAACUGAUGAAGUCAAAGAAGGGGAGGAGGAAAAAGGGAGCUCAGAAGGAGAUGAGGAGGAACGUCGGCACCAGCUUCAGCUCUCUGUGCCAGACCUCAUCAACAAGAAUCCUCCUCUGGAGUCCCGAGCCAAACCCUGCGACGUCUGGCAGAGGGCGUCCUCGCCAGACUCCCGGCUCGCCUCCUCUCCGAUUUUGGGCAAGGCAUCCUGCCGCAUCAGCCUGGGGGAGGAGGUCCUGCUUGGUAACGGCGCCCCCUGCAGUAAAGACUCAGGAGGAGGCACUGAGGAGGCAGAGCCUCACCCAGACCUGCUGUCCUUUGAGUAACUCAAAUUUUUACCGUGGCUUUUAAAUGUAUCACCCGCCCUGCAUUAGUUUAGGACAAAGGGAAGAGUUGCUUUUCAGAAGCAAGGCAGGCUUGAUGACCUGCUGCUUUCCAAACUUUAUAUCAGCUUUUGAAACAGUUUUGUCACUGGUUUGAGGUCCGUCAGACUACAUAAAAUAUAUAUUUAUGCAUAAAAAUACACAGGAAAAGGCUGGCUGUUUGCCAUCAUUUCUGGCUCAUGAUGCAAAAAUAACAGAAAAAAAACAAGGGCCUUUAUUUUAUUGCAGUUUCAGUUUUAAAAAUAAUAAAGUAAAAUAAAACAAUGAUCAUAUUCAAUUAAUUUUUUUGUAUCUUUGGCCUUUAAAAGUUUCCUGUCUGCUUUAACAAUUUAAUGACAACCUGAUUAUGUAUUAAUGAAUGUAUUUAGUGUGGUGACAUUGCCUUUAAAUGGGUUAAAGACUUAUAGAUAAGAACAAAACCUUAAAAUCCUUGAAAACCACACAAUUUUUUAUGCAUAAAAGGGUGAAUUUUUUUAAGUGUGUUACUAAGCUGCUGCAUUAAAGCCAGUUAAAAACUGCAAAAAGUAUAUAUGUUAAAUAGAAAUAUAUAUUUUACAUUUUGUAAUUUUAAACUACAUGGUAAAGGUUGUUUUAUUUUCCUGUGCAGUUGUUUAUAGCAGUCUGGAAAAGAUGCUCAGAAAAACCAAACAGGAAGUGAGAAUUAAAGGCUUAAAAGAAUGUGUUUGAGAUUGAGAAGGUAGGGUGAAUAUCACUGUCACAGCAGGACUUCAACCUCCAGUUUAUAUAAAACAGUUGUUUCUGAAUCCAAGUUUUUUAACUCCACUUCAGGAUGAUUUAACUCUCCAAAAGAAGCUUUUUGUGUGAGUUAUGUGCGGAAGUUGGCUUUUCUCAGAAAUUGAUCAGUGACACAGAAUUAGUUAUUUUCAAAACUUGUGCAAAUCAAGAUGCCCAUUUUUUCCUGCAGCGGGGGUGUCCAAAGUGUUGCCUGUGGGCCAUUUUGAGACCCUCGGAAUGAUUGUGUGCAGCCCAUGUCCACUGUUGAACAAUGACACAAAUUAUGACUUUUUUUUUUUUUUUUAGACAAAGACAAUAGAAAAAAAAAAAAAUCAAGCCAAAAUUUUAAGAAAUUAUAAACCUUUUCUUGAGCAGGGCAAACUUGCAUUUGAUUUCUUUGUUUUCAGUAAAAUAUUGUGUGUUUGUUUUAAUGCUAAGCAGGUAACAUUUUCUAAUUUCACAAUAAAACCUUUUGUCUUUUUGCCUGUAAAAACCUUCUGAUAUUUUCAACCAGGCGCUUUUGGUCCACAUGGAAAACAUUUUGGACACCGCAGCUCUAAUGGAUCCAGCACUGAGAGGAAUUUUAAUCAAAAAUUGUUGUGUUUUGUUCCUUGAUUCUGCCACAAACCAGACUGAAUACGCAAAGUUCUAUAGAAAUCUCACUCAUCAUUUAAAAACAGUAUUAAAUCACCAACGCCCUAAUCUGUAAAAUAUAACAUAACAUAAAUAAGAUGACUAUUUUUAGGACCAAAACAAAUUUGACACGUUUGACCGUAUCAGCUAAAAUAUGCUGCCAUACUGGAACUAAAGGCCAAGGAAUGAGCGUAUAUUGAAGUAAUUACCGGUCUGUGCAGCCAGGAUGUGCAAAAACAGGUUGUUCCACAUAUUAGAUGGAGCGACUAAACAUCUGUUCAGAUUAUAAAUCUGUUUUCUUCCUUCCACACCCAAUAAAUUAAUGAGCCACUAAUACUUUAAUGCGAAACGGAUCAGCCUGGUGUGCUUCUCUCCAGAAACAAACAAAGAAAGGUUGUUUCCCUGCUCGGACCUGAGAAUGUGCGUGACUUCAUAUUCCAUCACCCUACAGAUGGAGACGGAACUGAAAGACGUCUGAAUGGAGAGUUUUUAGAAAAGUGAUGAGGGGUUUCUGAGUUAAAGAGAGGGCAAGGUAAUGAGCUGUCAACAGGAAGGGAUGAAAGAGGCGUCUUUUUUUAUUCAAGCGGAUCCUAAAGUGACAGACCAAAGAUGGAAAUUAACAGCUCAGCCAGACAGGUUGUUUUAUCACUUUUUUUUUUUUUUUUUUACUUGUCAGAGGAGGAAAAAAGCAAUAACAGGGGGGAGUAUUUUUUUUUUCGUUGUUGCUUAAAAAGAUGAAAGCCAAAGUGUGAACAUUUCAACUAUUUCUUUGUAGAUGACGUCCGUGUUUUUAUUCUUCAAAAGACAGAUGCUGACUCAGGUGCUUGUUACACGUAAGCUGUCAUUGAGAGAAAUUAUUAAGCCUUAAUUCACACCUGUUUGUCAAAGCAGGCAAAUCGGGGUCUGGUUGCCGUGGUUACUUUAACACAAAUCAGGCACUAAGAAGUAGAAACCUGUAAUUUUCUAACCUUGCAUUCUGAAGAUGUUCUGCAGAUUUCUGCAUCGGGGUUUUGAGGCAUGUUUGUAUAACACUCUGGAUAUAUUUCUGGGGUUUUUGGGGGGUUUUUUAGCAGAGAACUAAAGUGUAGAAUACCAUGGAUUUCCCAGAAGAAGCUGAGACCAAAAGCAGCACCAGCUGAGAAUGAGAGGAAUGUGUAGCUCGUACUUGUGAGGAAAAAAGCAAGCUUUGUCUCAGUUUUUUUUUUUCUUUUUUUUUUCUGAAUGUGUCUGAGGCACUGAACUGUGUAAGCAAGCAGCUGAGGCCUCCUCCUCCUCUGCGGUUCUGAAUCAUGUUCCUUUUUUUUUUCAGGGAAAUUACUCAGAGCUGCAGAUGUUUGAGUAGAAAGCACUCCAAAAAAAGAGAGAUAUUUUUAUACAUAUCUAAAAAAAAAGAGCUUUAAAGUUACGGGGAACUGAGCCUUUGGAUAUGCAGAUACCAUAUCCAGGUUUCUGACCAUUACCUGUAGGGAUGCACUACAUGCACAAGUCUUAAUAAGUACCUUAUUUUUUAAUUGCAGAAUAAGACAAACUUUCUUGUAAUAUUUGAAGUGGUUUUGAUCUGUAGUUUCUAGGCUUCUGAAGGUUUUCCUAAAAAUAAUUAUUUGAACUUUUACUUCUUUUUCAGUCGACAUUAGCCUAUUAACCAUAACUGAUGCAGACUGAACAAGGCUGCUAACCCAGUGGUGUGUUGACAGGGCUUUCUCUUACCAGAGGCCUGCCAUAAAUACAAAAUUGCUUCCUAUCAUUUAACUGAAUUUAAAACUUACAUCCAUUUUGGUUGUCAUUGAUCUUUUUAUUUUUUUUCAAUCGUUUUUUGUCUUCAACUUCGCCUUCUUCCGCUUUGGAUUAUACAUGACACCAACAGCUAAGAUAUAUCCAAUUAGAGUGAUUUUUCAUGUUAUCAAGUUGGAUGCCUUCGUGGUAACAUCCAGUCAGUAUCUCCACCUCACAGUGAGUCUGUCUGCUUAGUCAUAUCUAUUUUAGCUAUGUGGAAAAACCUCAUUGUGGGGAGUAGCUAACCAGUUAAAUCUGGUUUGCAUCACAAGCUCCAUCCUGAAGGUUAAGGGAAGUAUAAAGUCACCCAGGGUUUCAGUGCAUUGUUGAUAGUUAUACAAUUUACUAUUAGUAUGUUUAGAAUCUGCAUAAGAAUGAAAAAAUAUUGAGUAUGGAGAUACAUCUUUCCAUACUUAGAUGUUUUUUAUUUGUAAUAAAUGUAAGAACGACAAUAAUGGCUGCACCAUUUCAAGAUCAGAAGUUGACUCUUUCAUUAUGUUGACAUAUGAAAGUAUUUUUUAAUAAUAAUAACAUGAACCUUCCCAAACUUUCAUGGGUUUGCAUUUCACAGUUAUUGCAGUUAUAUGACAUACUUCUGUUGCUUUAAAUACCUGGAACACGUUGAUACUAAACCUCAAACACUUAACAAAAUAAUCCAAAUCAGAUACAUAGACCUUAGAAGUCUUGACACAUUUGAACAGAUUCAUAUGGACAAGGAUGAUAGUUUAGAAACAUAAAUUGUGUAGAAACCUUUUUACUGCCUCACCCCCCGGGCCGAUUAGGGGAUUCAACUUGCACAUCUAUUAUUUUUUUAGCCUCAAAAUGCACAAAACACUGCCAUAGACAAGGAAGAGAAACUGAUUAGAAUGAAAAUGAUUAGAGUGAAAGAGCAAAAACAAAUGAAUUCCUGGAGAGGCCUUUUUGAAGGCAAGAAAUUACAAGAAAGUUUGUAAGCAAAAUGUUGAAACAUAAGCAAAGAUUAGUUAAUUUUUCAAAUAAUAGCUGGAUAAUGUACAUAAUGAACAUAUUCACAGCAACAGAACAUCUAUAAAAACGUGAUAAGCAGAAUACUAAAGUGUUUGUGAAUUCUCUGAGUAGAAAUUAGAGAYGGAGCCCGAAGCCUGAUUUUAGUGAGAGUUUAUUUACAUUUUUUUUUUAAAAAGUACCUUUUCUGGGACGCUUGCAUUUCCUCUUCUUGACUUUAAAAAACAUUUUAAACAUUGAGCUACGUUUAAAACAUGUAAGAGUCCGUAUUUAAAAAAAUAAUCAAGUUCGUUAUAAUAUCACAAGAUUGCUGUUAUGCUUGAUUCUCUUUUUAUGAAAUUACCAAAAUUGAUUGUCUGACGUUUGUGUUGCAGUAUGUUUUUAUGCCCAUUUGGAUCUGAAAAAAAUAUAUAUUUCUUGUGAUUUUCUUGUCUAAUUUAAGAUGACUUUAGCACAAAUAACACRCUAACAUAAUCAACUAAAGAUGAGGGCAAAAUGACACUAUGUAGCUGUUUAGAARGUAGUAAAUUCUUUGAAGACGUCAAGCAUUCUGCAUUUUGUUUUAGUCUGUAAACCACUAACUUUAUCUUUUUUGUUGAAGGAACAGUAAUGUACAAUUUUUACCAAAAGUUUCUUUUCCUAACAACAAAUGAAGGAGUUACAGAAUGUAGUUUUUAUUUAGCUAUUUACUUUAUGUUUAUGUUGAAAUGUUAUGUUUUUGUCUCUGCAAAGCUAAUCUGCAUAAUUCCAGUUUUUAUUGAUGAAUGAAGGAUGCUCGGUGUAACACAUGGACUUUUUAAUACCAAGGGACUGUUGAAUGUCUAAAGGAAGCUUCAGAUGUUUUAUCUUUAAACUCUUGCUAAUUAAGUAAUAUUUUUAUCAAGCAAAAGAUGAAACUGAAUGAUUUCCACCUUGUAUUUUCCUACUAUACUUGUUAUGAAGAGGAGACGUAAUAAUUUCCUACAAUCACUGUAAUCUUAUAAAUUUUGAUUUAACCAUGAA